AUGGCAGCGGACUCUGGACGCUAUACUGUACUUGUACUUCUUGAUUUGACUUCUGCUUUUGACACUGUGGAUCACGGUAUACUGAUCAAUCGGCUUCAUAAUGAGAUGGGACUAUCAGGAUCUGUCCUUCAGUGGUUCUCUUCCUAUAUUCAUGACAGAACCUUUAAUGUUGCUGUGAACAAUGCUUCCUUGGCUCAUAGUGAUAUGGCUGGCGCUCUCCGCAAGCUUGCAGCACGCAUCCCUUGCGUGUGGAUCUUUCUCAUACUUUUUGACCCAAGCUCGCAAAACGGGGCUGUAGCUGGUCACAGAGAACCCAUUCCUGAUGACAGCAAAGACAACAUCACCAUCUUUACCCGAAUCUUGGACCGCUUACUGGAUGGUUACGACAACCGACUGCGUCCCGGGCUAGGAGAGAGUGUGACUGAAGUGAGGACAAACAUCUAUGUGACCAGCUUUGGGCCAGUAUCUGACACUGACAUGGAGUACACGAUUGAUGUGUUCUUCCGGCAGAGUUGGCGGGAUGAGAGGCUGAAGUUUGAUGGGCCUAUGCAGGUUCUUCCACUUAACAACCUUCUUGCCAGCAAGAUCUGGACCCCAGAUACUUUCUUCCACAAUGGGAAGAAGUCAGUAGCACACAACAUGACAACACCCAACAAACUUCUGCGACUGGUUGACAAUGGAACACUUCUCUACACAAUGAGACUAACCAUCCACGCUGAGUGCCCCAUGCAUCUGGAAGAUUUUCCCAUGGACGCCCAUGCCUGCCCACUGAAGUUUGGAAGCUAUGCCUACACCAACAAUGAGGUGGUGUACAUCUGGACGUUGGAUGAUGAGAAAUCAGUUUCUGUGGCUCCAGAUGGUUCUAGACUCAACCAGUAUGAUCUGUUGGGCCACUUCAUUGGCAAAGAGACCAUCAGCUCGAGCACCGGAGAAUAUGUGGUGAUGACAACAUAUUUCCAUUUGAAAAGGAAAAUUGGCUAUUUCGUGAUCCAGACAUAUCUCCCCUGUAUAAUGACCGUCAUCCUCUCUCAGGUCUCCUUCUGGCUAAACCGAGAGUCUGUGCCUGCGCGCACUGUCUUUGGUGUCACUACUGUACUGACAAUGACCACACUGAGUAUCAGUGCUAGGAACUCACUUCCGAAGGUGGCCUACGCCACGGCAAUGGACUGGUUUAUGGCGGUCUGCUAUGCCUUUGUCUUCUCUGCCCUCAUUGAGUUUGCCACAGUCAACUACUUCACAAAACGCAGCUGGGCCUGGGAUGGUCAGAAGGAGGCACAGGAGAUGCGGAGACGAGAGUCUGCUUCCCUCUCCAAGAAGACCAACAACACUUUCAACAUUGUGGGAACCACUUACAACAUGGGCGAAGCCAAAGAUCCCGGACUGACCACCAUCUCCAAGAGUGCCUCGACCACGUCCACUCCAUUGCAGCCUGUCCGAGAGGUGCGGCUGCCUAAAAUGGAUGGUGAAUACGUGCCGGAUGGGGGGAGGAAGUCGUACAAUCGCGUCAGUAAAGUGGACAAGAUAUCACGGAUCAUCUUUCCUGUACUCUUCUUCAUCUUCAACUUGGCUUACUGGGCCACUUAUGUCAACAGAAAGCCAACCAUCAUCCGGUCCAGUCCCCAGAAAUGA